UUAUAAUUAAAAUCAAUCUCACAUUUGACUGGUGUACGAAAUCCCAUAAACUAACGUUUUUAUAGUUUGCUUGAUUAUCGCAAUUUAACUUUCCUUUUAAAAUUAAUUUUAUGAUCAUACAGAGUGACAUGUUUACCGGCAAAGAAUUUUCUGGGCGUACUGUUUCCACUUAAAAGACACCAAAUGAAUCGAGACAGUUUCUACAACUUUCUCAUUUGCAUCAUCGUUCCUGCCACUUUUCGAGAUCGAGCCAGUGAUAUGUAAAUUUACACCGGUUAUACUUCACGUGCUGCAUGUGAAACAUUUUAUUAUACGACACGUAUGCUCGCCAAAGUAUUUCGAGAAUAAGUGAGCCCGAUUACAUUCCCUUUCCACAAAAGAAGAUGCGGGGAACUUGUUCGCUUACGAUAGAAAGGGAAGGGACGUUAAAAUUCCAAUUCGUACACGUGAAUUCGUCUGAACGUUCGAAAAAGUAAAACUCGAUAGAACGGAUAUCGGCAAUGACGGAUAAAACGUGCGUAACAAAUAAAAACACAUGCGGCUACGUGCCAUUCCUGACUUGUUUGUAUUGAAAUUUCAAAUCGAAUCGACGUGUAAAAUUGCCAGGACGUUUGUCGAGUAUAAUACUCGUCCAUUCUGUCUAUCUGGUGCAACCAGAUUAUACGUAUAAAAUCUAGGACAGGCUACGAGGUUCCGCAAUAGAUUCUAUUGCCGAUUAUUUACUUACUUUCAACUCGAUCGAGGUUGAAGUCGAGCUAAAUUCCUAUUGAUGCUUUAUUGAUUUUAUUAAACACAUUGACUUUGUGGAUGAUGAUGGAUCAAACGAAUGAAGAUUAUCCAAUUUUCUGGAAAAUAGAAAUUAUUAUUUAGAGGAGAAACGAUGCUAAAGUGUCAGAGAUAACGCAUAAUAGCCUAUUUCAUCUUAAGUAUCGAUUGAUAAAGUUCCUUUAAUUUUUAUAAGUUUAUUUAGUUUUAAUUAUACAUUUCUGAUUUAGAUUUUGAUGAUAAUGAAAGUAGAACGGAUAGAAUCCGUUCUCUCAUUGCAAAUGAAUAUCAUUGCAAUAUUUGACUAAGAAAAGGAACGCUUUAAACACGAAAGUAUUAGAUACAGCACAUGCUAGUUUAUUUUAAGAAGCGACGUCUGGAGCAUCGCCCUUGGCUAGGCUCUCCUUUAUCCUGCAGCUUCCUCUUCCAUCAAACUUUGUUGACCUAUAUGAAUGACAGGGUAUGGGAUUUUAAUUUCUAUGUGGCUAAUGACUGGCCGGAUGAUGAGAUCUGUUUACAUUUUCCAGGCAUGACGUUAUCUCCUCAUGGUUUACUGUUCGAAAGCGUGGGCGUUUUCUGCCCCAACGAUCGACUGGAUCUGCUUAAAUUAUUGAGGGAGGAGGAUAUUUUGAUCGACUGGACGAAGCCCCUUUACAUCAAUUUCGUUCAUUACGAUAUCGCCGAGGAGUUGAUACACCUUUACGAGGGCACAGGGACGAUCGAGAGGGUGAUAGGGGAUGUUUUUAUGUGCAAGGAUCCUCAGAACGUGGAUAACGUGGAGGAACCGGACGAGGAAGCCCAUCCCGACAUUCAAGUUCAACCCUUGAAAGCGGAACACGCUGAGAGUAUUUACGAAUUGUAUCCAGCGAACGAUAUGGAGUGUCACGAGGUUUUCCUCCGAUUGAUCAGGACGCUUCCCGCUGCUGGAGUGUUUGCCAAGGGUAGUUUGGCGGCUUGGAUGGUCCAGUCUUAUUACGGGGCCAUGUUUUCGAUGCAAACCAAGCCUGAAUAUCGGAGGAAGGGUUACGGGACGAAAUUGGCAAGGUACCUGACGAAGCAGGUCGCUGACAGAGGUUAUCAGCCUUUCGUGGUCAUACGCCCGGAAAACGAAGCCAGCCAAAGUUUGUACAAGAAACUAGGCUUUAGGAAAAUCUAUCAAACUGUUCGAAUGACGUUCAUGCCUUUCACGUGGCAAGAUGAGGAGAAUAAAACGACUCGCAUUCUGAGGGAAAAUUUGGAGAACGCUGUCAGACAGCUCACCAUAGAGCAACAAGUAGUGGACGCUUUCAGAAACGAUGAGAUUGAAGAGAACGAGGCAGGGAAUUCGGAAUUUGUGGUAGAGGAGCCUGAGGAAGGAGAUGAGAAUCCUCCAGAUGAGGAAUGUAUCGAAGUGACGGAAGUAUCGACCGAGGAGAACGUGAAAAAUAUAAUCAAUGAUGAUGCAAAUGUCGAGGAUAAUGAGGGGACUGAUGAUAACGCUGAAGAAGCAGUAAAUGAUGGUGAUAAUCAAGACGAUGGGGGAACAGACGGUGGGGACGCGGAAUAAUUAAGUACACGUUCGAUUAUUCGAUAAAAGGUCCAUGAUUUACGUCGUGUUGCUCGCUCGAGGGUUAUCACUCCUCUUUCCAAGGCUGAUGGAAGAAAGAAAUCGAUCAACUAUUCAGAAAAUUCACACUUCACAUGUAUGAUUUUAAACGAACUACAACUCUCGUUUUAGAACAAUUUUCUUAAAGCCUUUGUAAACAAGUUUGAAACGAAAAAAAUCUGUAACAAUUGAAAGUAUUAGAUGUGAUAGGGAUGAUUUGUAAGAUCGACCGAUUACAUGCAUCGAUGUACCUUGGCUACCUUGGCCAAAAUGGUUACCUUUCGUUGGAAAGAACUCUCGAGCAGCAUGAAUGAGAUACAA